GGUGGGUGGGCUUAAGGCAGAAAAAUUGGACAAUUUCCUCUCAAUUCGCGGCUCAAGAUAUCUGGUUUAUGCUGGAAACUACGUAGGUAAUAACACCGCUGAAUUUGAUCAUAGCCAAAUCUCUUACUUUGCGCAUUCAUGAUUCGAAACAACAAAAGCAAUACGAUGGAGACAGCUCGUCCCAAGUUUGUUCUUCCUGCCGAUGAACGAAUUUGGACUCUAAAGCCUGAAGUACUACUGGCAAGAGGAAAAUGCGACCUCCAGGGCAAGGAGGAGAAAGCCAUUCGAGGUGCCAUCAAGGACGCCAUCUCAACGUACAGAAAAGAGACCGUGUCCCUCGGAGAGAACAACAUGGAGGAGAGAAAGCAACUGGUGCAGCUUCUCGCCAAAUCAUCAGAAGAGGCCGAAGAGAUCCUCAUCCGCCGCUGCACCUACGACCCGGCCAAAGUGCACAAGUACCGCGGCAAGGACGCCCAGGAUAUCUCUGAAAACAUCGACGAAGAAAUUGCGUUCCUUAAGAACGUCCUGAACGAGCUGUCCAACAAGCGCAAGCAGCGGACGCAAACACUGCUGGACCAACAGCGUUUUUUGGCGUCCAUGCAGGUGAACCACGAGAUGAGGGAUGACCAGUUCCCCGAUGAGGAGCAGCGCUGUCGUACUCUGGAGUGCCAACUGGAAAAGAUCAACCAGAAGAUGGCCGUUACGACUAACGUCACGGACAAGUACCACGAUUUCGUUGACAAGCUCAAUCGGGAAAAGGUGGUUUACGAAGCCAGGCUGAACAAGCUUCAGAAAUGCAUCGAACAAGAUAUGCGCGACCUCGAAACAUGUCACGACAUCAUGAUGAAGGGCCACAUCCUGGGACAUGACGCAGCUGUCAAGCUUGACGACCGGGAAACAACAUAUGUUGCCGAGAAAAAGGAGCGCGAGAAUGACAUCAAAAGCAUCCGGAGAGAGGUGCAGAGGAAAGAAGAGCUGCCAGUCCGGAAAAAGGCAACCCUGGCCGAGGUGGACCUGGACAAGGUCCUGAAGGAGCACCAGAAUAUGUUCUCACAGAUGCAGGAGCGCCGGAAGACAAUGGCGGAGGUGGACAACUGGGAGCUGGACUACGAGCAGCUACAGGAUGUCACCCGUGCCAAGGACGCGGCCGGCGUCACCAAGCAGUUUGAGCGACAGGCGGCCCGGCAUACGUACCUGCAAAGCGAGCGGGAACGGGUGGAGACGCGGAGGCGGCAACAGCUGCAGCUGCUCUCUGACAAGGAGACAGUGCUCUCAUCCGUACGCCACACCGGUGCCGAGGCCAUGGUGGAGUGA